GGAUAGUGGCGGAGCGCCGGGUGGGAGCCAGCAUGGCGGCCGAGCGCAAGACUAAGUUGUCUAAGAACUUGCUGCGCAUGAAGUUCAUGCAAAGGGGACUGGAUUCAGAAACCAAGAAACAACUAGAAGAGGAAGAAAAGAAAAUCAUUAGUGAAGAGCACUGGUACUUGGAUUUGCCAGAGCUGAAGGAGAAAGAGAGUUUCAUAAUAGAAGAGCAAAGUUUCCUACUAUGUGAAGAUCUUCUCUAUGGAAGAAUGUCGUUCAGAGGAUUUAAUCCUGAGGUUGAGAAAUUAAUGCUUCAGAUGAACGCUAAGAACAAAGCAGAGGAAGUUGAAGAGGAAACAGUGGAGCUUGAUGUGUCAGAUGAAGAAAUGGCUAGAAGAUACGAGACCUUGGUGGGGACAAUUGGAAAAAAGUUUGCCAAAAAAAGAGACCGUGCCAAUUAUGAAGAAGAUGAAAAUGGAGACAUAAAACCAAUUAAAGCAAAGAAGAUGUUCUUAAAGCCCCAAGAUUAAAACGGAUGCCUUAAGAUAUGGCUCUGGGAUGCCCUGUGAAAGUUAGCAUAUUUUGGAACUCAUUCUGAUGGUUUCUCUCUAGUUAUUAAUAUUGUAAUGUUUAUUUGUAAAAGUAAUGUAUAAUUUUGGAAAUAUGCUGUUUUUGAAACAGAUGUGUGAUGGAUGUUAUACAUCCUUUGCUUACUGGUGUUCAUCACGAAUAGAUGAUUAGCCCUUGCUCUUCAGGUGUACACAGGUGCCUGGUACAUGCUUCCUGAAGAUGUUUUUAGUAUAGCUCUCCAGUCACUGACCUUGAAUUGACUCAUAUAAAUUAAUACCAGUGUUUAAAUUGCCCUUAUGUUUAUAUUUUACUUUAAAUUAUUAAUCGUGUCAAGCCAAUUCAUACAUACUUUUUGGAAUCAAAUGUCAUGAGAAUUUGUUGUAUGUGAAUUCAUCAGGAACAAACAUGCCUCUCCAGCCCAAAGUAUUUGCAUUCUACCAAGUCAUUGUCAGUUGGUGGAAUUAUGGUUUUUUGUUUAAAGCCCUUAAUUAAUAAAAAAAAGAAAAUUGUUCUAUAA